CCGGCGCCUGCGGGGCCAUGGCGACCUGGCUGCGGUUGCGGAGCUGCCGGGCCCCGCGCCUCCCGCCGGCGCCUGCAGGCCUCGGCCUGCGCCCCCGCGGCUCGGUGCCCGCCGCGCCCGCGCUCGCCUCGGCGCAGCCCGGCCGCUCCGCCGGGGGCCUGGCGGGCCUGUCCGCGGCGCUGCUGCGCACCGACGGCUUCGUGGGCGGCCGCUGGCUCCCGGCCGCCGCCGCCUUCCCCGUGCACGACCCUGCCAGCGGCGCCGAGCUGGGCUUGGUGGCGGACUGCGGGGUGCCCGAGACCCGCGCCGCGGUGCGCGCCGCCUACGAGGCCUUCUGCAGCUGGAGGGGCGUCUCGGCCAAGGAGAGGAGUUCUUUACUUCGGAAAUGGUACGACUUAAUGAUACAAAAUAAGGAUGACCUUGCCAAGAUAAUUACAGCCGAAAGUGGGAAGCCACUGAAGGAGGCGCAGGGGGAAGUUGUCUAUUCUGCCCUUUUCCUGGAGUGGUUUUCAGAGGAAGCCCGCCGCAUCUACGGAGACGUCAUCUACACCCCCACAAGAGACCGGCGGGCCCUGGUCCUCAAGCAGCCACUCGGGGUGGCCGCAGUCAUCACCCCGUGGAAUUUCCCCAGUGCCAUGAUCACCCGGAAGGUGGGGGCCGCCCUGGCAGCCGGCUGCACCGUGGUGGUAAAACCCGCCGAGCACACGCCCUUCUCCGCCCUGGCCCUGGCCGAGGUGAAAGCAGGCUUCCUACUGAGCAGGGAGCCUGAUUUGCUUGCAAACCAGGCUGGAAUUCCCCCAGGUGUGUACAAUGUCAUUCCCUGCUCUAGAAAGAAGGCAAAGGAAGUAGGGGAAGUACUUUGUACUGAUCCUCUAGUGUCCAAAAUAUCCUUUACUGGCUCAACAGCGACUGGAAAGGUGCUGCUGCACCAUGCCGCGGGCUCCGUGAAGAGGGUCUCCAUGGAGCUGGGUGGCCACGCCCCAUUCAUCGUCUUCGACAGCGCCAACGUGGACCAGGCUGUAGCAGGGGCCAUGGCGUCCAAAUUCAGGAACUCUGGACAGACUUGUGUUUGCUCAAACCGUUUCUUGGUGCAAAGGGGGAUCCAUGAUUCCUUCGUGAAGAAAUUUGCUGAGGCGAUCAAAACAAAUCUGCAUGUGGGCAAUGGAUUUGAGGAGAGAACUACUCAAGGCCCAUUAAUUGAUGAAAAGGCAGUAGAAAAGGUAGAGACACACGUGAGUGAUGCAGUUUCCAAAGGGGCCACCGUUGUGACCGGCGGGAAGCGACACCAGCUUGGAAAAAAUUUCUUUGAGCCCACCCUGCUCAGCAACGUCACCGGGGAUAUGCUGUGCGCCCAUGAAGAGACGUUUGGGCCUUUGGCGCCCGUUAUCAAGUUCGACACGGAGGAGGAGGCCGUGGCGAUAGCUAACGCGACCGACGUGGGGCUGGCAGGUUAUUUCUACUCUCAAGACCCGGCCCAGAUCUGGAGAGUAGCAGAGCAGCUGGAGGUCGGCAUGGUUGGCGUCAACGAAGGACUGAUCUCCUCUGUGGAGUGCCCCUUCGGGGGCGUGAAGCAGUCGGGCCUCGGGCGAGAGGGCUCCAAGUAUGGCAUUGAUGAGUAUCUGGAACUCAAAUACGUGUGUUUUGGGGGCUUGUAGGGUUCACUAGUUCUUUCAAAAAUAAAAAAGGAAGCUAGCCUACAUAUAUGGGAACAUGCCAUCCAUUAUUUUAAGUUAACUUGUAGGUGACUGGGAUUAGGCAUUUUUAAAGACUCAUCCAGUGCUCAUUAUCUCAAGCAGAGGUGAAUCCCACCCCUCCGCGGACCUGACUCGGGACCCAGGGAUGCCCCGUGCCUGUGGCGGCUUUCCCGCCAGGAACCAGCACGGCCCCGGGGUCUGUCACAAAGGCUCCAUCACUGCCUGGGCGCCUGGGGGCCCCGCGCUCCUACCGGAGGUCUGCAGGGAAGAGCCCUGGGCACAACGCGCAGGCCGGCCGGGCGGGGCACAGCAGCCCCGGCCACCCGCUGGCUCAGCACUGCAGACCCCGCUGCGCGUUCAGAGGUCUGGACACACGGGCUGAAGUAAUCAGACCUCUGGAACAGCCCAAAACUGCCUGUGUUUCUGUGGGCAGUGAAGGAGCACCUUUCCCUUUUCCCGGACCUUUUUUUUUCUCUU